AUGCCCCGAAACUCUUCUUUUCAAGGCCGUGAGCCUCUAAAGGACGAUCCCAAUCUCUCCUUAUAUCACAGCCAUAUCACUGGCCCACUCCCUUUCCUAAACCCUACACAAGCCCGUUAUCAGCCCACCAGCCCCGACCCAGCAUCCACCCCACCCCCCCGCGUCGAGCGUCUAUGGCGAUCACGGGAUAAUCGCAAAGGGCGGCACGCCCUACGUGUUGACCACGCUGCGCCAGAGACGGGGGUACCGGGGCCGACGGCCUCGGUUGGGGGCGUGGGGCAGGGGAUAUGGCGCAUGAUGACGUGUGCGCCGUACUGGGACGUCUCGUACCUCGUGGCGGUCAUCUUCACACUGGGCUCGGUGAUAUGGAUCAUCAAUGCGUUUUUCGUGUGGCUACCCCUGGAGGACCCGGGGACGGAGUUCGACGGCGAGAUUAGCGCUGGGGGAGGGAUCACGGGGUUUAUUGGGGCGACCGUGUUCGAGGUGGGGAGUGUAUUGCUGCUGCUGGAAGCGGUGAAUGAGGCGCAGACGGGAUGUUUUGGAUGGGCUUUAGAGACGGAGGUGAAGCGGGAGGAUCAUGGUUCGAGGGUCAUUACGGGGGUGAAGCCUGAUGUGCGGCAUUGUCGACAUCAUCAUGUUAACCGGGGGAAUCUGGUUGGGGGAGGAAGACUGGUUCGGCGGCUCUCGCAUGAUUUCACGGAAGGGUAUGUAACGGCGCGAGAUGGGAGGUCGUUUCGAUGGUGGCCGUCGGCAGCUGAGCUCCGAGGGCACUAUAUUCAUGAGCUUGGGUUCCUGGCGUCUCUGGUGCAAUUGAUUGCUGCAACCGUGUUUUGGAUUGCUGGGUUUACGGGGCUUCCUGGGAUUGCGAACCACAUGAGCCAGGGUCUUACGGAUGGCGUUUACUGGGUACCGCAGAUCGUUGGUGGUGCUGGAUUUAUUAUCAGCGGACUGUUGUUCACGCUGGAGACACAGAAGAAGUGGUAUCUACCCGCCUUCCACGUCCUCGGCUGGCAUAUUGGUAUCUGGAACUUCAUUGGGGGCAUUGGAUUCACGCUCUGCGGUGCCUUGGGUCCAGCAGCGAUGCAUUCAGGGGUUGAGUAUCAGGCUACCCUUGCUACAUUCUGGGGAUCGUGGGCUUUCAUGAUCGGGUCGACGAUACAGUGGUACGAGAGUCUGCAGAAAUUCCCCGUUGAGAAGGGACGAUUGAUGAAUCCAGCAAAUGAGCCAGGAUCAAAGACAGAGACGGGAGACCCUUGUACAUAA